CUUCAAAUACCUUUGGAUGGGCUACCUACAAUACGAAUAGAAGUCAGUGUUUAACACUUGAUAUUCAGCCUGAUAACGUAUCCUAACGGUAUGUGAACCUCUGUAGCCUCCACUUACUGUGUCAAGUUGUGUCAUGUUCAGGCGUCAGUGCAGUCGACGUUUCCUCCCCUGUUCCUUCACAUGACGACGACGCCUUCCGACGUGGGCUGCGCCGAAACUUUGAAGGAAACUCACCUGUCAGGAAAAAGGACGAGCUUCGAUAGAGAAACCAGUGACCUCGUCUCACAAACACCAACCACCUGCGAAAGGUCUGACAAUGUGAACUCGCUGAGUGACCUGUUGUCUUUUUUUUUUUCCCUGGAACUGGUGACUUUUUGAACCGCAUCUGGGACGUUCAUGACCCCGCGGAUAGUGUAGUUUCUUUUAACAAAGUUAUAACUGUAAGGGACUUCCGGGUAUGGAAUCAAACAGCUGGAGGCGAGCCAGCAUGGACAAUAUAGAGCUGCUGCCGGUCACGACGAAUGGCAACGAUGGACGGGUGUCAGCAAGUAAUGGAGAUGGUGUGCCCUCUAGGAACGCUGAUGCAACAGAGAGAGAUGCGUUGCUUACGGGACAGAGUACUACGAGUACUGGUCAAAAUGGGCAGAUGUUGCCCGAUGGCAAUGCAGCAGAAGCUCAAAGGGAUCUGGAAAAUACAGGAAUUCCUCACGAGAUUAGCGCCGUGAGCAGGAUAAAGGGCGAGCUGAAGGAGGUCAUCUUCUGGAAAGUCAGGCUAUGGAUGGUCAUCAUCUUCAUCUUCCUCCUCAUCUUUGCUGUGAUUAUAAUUUCGCUGGCUGCGUGCGCAGCGUCGUACAAGGACCCGGACGAGGACUUUGACCCAUCGCUGUUUAAAGUUCCUCGGUAUUUCAACGGGAGCUUCCAGCUGCCAAAUCUGGUCUUCACGGAGGAACUUUCCAACCUUUCCACCAAUAAAAGCCAAGAACUCGCUGCUGAUUUUCAAGAAAAGCUGGCUGACCUUUACAGAUCCUCCCCUGCUCUGGGAAGAUACUUCUCCAAAGCUGAGAUCUCUGCUUUCAGAAACGGUUCAGUCAUUGCUGACUAUCAGCUGACAUUUCUCAUGCCUGAAGAAGAGCAGGAUCAGUUGAGAAACUUUACUCUGAGCCGGGAAAUGGUGUACAACGUGUUCAGACAGUUCCUGUACGACCAGGAGCCAGAUGAGUCAAAGCCGAUGUACAUAGAUCCAGUUUCGCUGAUCAUGUUUUUAACACACUAAUGCCAAACGUUCUCAAACAGAUAGGACAUCUGUAUCUUGCUUUCUUUGUCAUUUAAGACACUCCUCUCACAGUGUGUGGGUUUUUGUAACAUAUGAUUCGUCACACUUCUGUGUGAUUCUCCCAUGAGUCUGUGGAAAUGUUGCAUGAUGCAUCUUUACUGCAGAAGCAUGCAUAACCACAGCCCCACAAACCCACAGUGACUGUAGGUCAUAUUGAUGGUCUCAUUGUGUGCUUUGUUCAACAAGCUUUUAAGACGGCGCCUAAUUAAACCAAUCAACAGUGCAGGACUUGUCAGGUAAAAUUGACGUCUGCCUACUGUCAGAGUGAGUGGUUUAACUCCCAAGAGAUUGGCAGCAAGAAUCUGGGCUUCUGAAAUAUAUAUUUUUUAUCUUGUGUUUUUUAUUUUAUUGUGUAUUACUGUGCCUUCUUUAACUGCAGGUGUAUUAAGUGUAAGAGUAUUGGUAUAUAUGUAUGUGCUGUAAUUAUUUAUAUUCAUUCCCUGACCAUCACUGUAAUUCGUUUUUGUAAAAUAUACUGUAUGACCAUUUGUAAAAAAAACAACAACAAAAAACCCCCAAACAAACAAACAAACAAAUCUGUGGCUGUGUUUUUUAAUGGAAAUACACAUGUUGAUUUGUAUAUCCGUGCCAUUUUCUUCGGUCAGCAGACACGAUUUGCAAACCAAAAUUCAUUAACUGUAAAAUAUUUGCCUCGAGAGCAACAGACAUUGCAGGAGCUUUAGAGAACUGUGCAGGGAAAUUAGCCUGCAAUCAUUUUGUAAGUGUAGGCUAUACAAGCCUAUAUACAACUAUAUAUGUUAUACACAAAGAAUCCAUACUUUGUACAGUACAUUUGUUUGUUGUGGUUGUUCCAUAUAUACAUAUAUAUAUAUAUAUAUAUACAACAGGACUCAGCUUUUGCCUUCUUUAACCUUCUGUAUUUCUAAUCAUAGGGUUUAACAGUAGAGGGAGUGCCUGUCCAACAUGCAAAUGAACAGUAAAUGUUUUUUUGUCUACAGGUUGUUGCAUUUAAUAGCACAGGUGUUGUAUAACAUUUCUAUAAACUCAGUAUGUCAGAUUGCAGUCUGUUUCCUGGCAGCUAUCGUGUCAACAUGUCUGUCCUCCAGUAAGAUCACAGUUGUGAUUAAUGACCAUGCCAAAUAUUAACAGUCACUCUUCCACCAGAUGGUUAUUAAUUAGCCGUCACUUCAGCUGGUUGCACUUGGUGAGACUUGAUGGAAAGAUUUGACGCUUGAGCCGACAAUAAUUGCCAAGUAGAGUUUUUUUUAUCAGUUCAUUUUUGUGGUGAGAAUACAACUGAUUAAGGUUGUAAGUAAUGGUUUGAUUAAAAUAAUCAUGGAAGAUACAAUAACAAAUAAAGUAUAUUUUUGCAGCUA